AUAUAUAUAUACAUGAAUCCGUGUUAUCCACUCUUGACCAGAACUCCGGCAGUGAAAGAAGACUUGCGCCCGUGAUCUGAAGACCUUUGGGGGUCAAUACCAGAUCUAUUGGAAAGAGACAUCUUUGAAAUGAAUAAGGAAGAGGGACAACCUGCCACCCCGGCUGACUCUACCGGCUAUCCUCUAAAACCAUCUGCUCAACCAGGCAACGCUCCCAAUCCACCGGGCUACUCUACUUAUCCGUCCAAUUACUCUCCCAGUCCUCCUGGCUACCCUCCCAAUCCACAGGGUUCCCCUCCCAAUCCACAGGGUUCCCCUCCCAAUCCACAGGGCUACUCUCCUUAUCCGUCCAAUUACUCUUCCAGUCCUCCUGGCUACCCUCCCAAUCCACAGGGUUCCCCUCCCAAUCCACAGGGCUACCCUUCCUUUCCACCUGGCCAAGGGGUCAAUGCUCCCAAUACAGUUUCCAGCUAUGGCAUUGUUCAAACAACAUACUAUGGUGGCCAACCUCAACAUGGAGUCAUUGUAACGACCCAACCCAACGUGAUAGUCCUUCCUCAGCCGGUGUACAUGGACUACCUUGCCUGGUCUAUCCUGAACCUGAUUUUCUGCAACCUCAUUCUUGGCAUCCUGGCCGUAGUAUUCUCCUCCAAGACGCGGGAUGCCGCGAGACGCGGAGACUCCACCUCGGCCGCAAGUCACUCCCGAACGACCUUCAGCUUCAACGUGGCGGCCCUCGUCUUGGGUCUAGCGGGCCACAUCUGCUGGAUAGUCCUGUGUGUGAUAUAUUUUCCACGUAACUACCACUACUACUCCAACUACCAAUACUACGGCUAAGGACAAAGGACUUCGUAUCGCAUGCAUAGGCCGUCAUGUGUAACCUUUGUCUGUUGCAUAAUGAUUUUUUUUACUACAAAAAAAAAAAAAUGGUGGCUUCCUCCUUAUGCGUUCUUCUUUCAUAAAAUACUCUGGAAACCUGAGAGCUUCCUAUAGGGGGUGCUGCUGACCAAAGAGCAUGUGUGGUGCGCCCCCUAGUGGCCAUAAUUGCUUGUCAAAAGUCAUGUCUUCCUUUCUUACUAAUUAGAGCGUCUCUAAAUCCAAAAACAAAUAAAUAAAUAUAUUGCAGCUCACCA